AUAACCCAAUCGGCCCAACCAGGGCAAGUUGUGUAGGGGCCAUUACGAAGUGUUCGGAAUCUGUGAAUCUAUGGGCUUCGCUAGCUGGUGCCAUUGUAGGGAGCCCUUAGGACCACUAGAGUUAAGUGGAUACAGUCCACUUUAUUCGUUCCUACCUCUCUCUCUCUCUCUCUCUCUCUCUCCCUCUCUCCUUUAUUCUUCAUCUCGGCCUUCGUUUCCAUCAUCUCCCCAGAUUCUUCCCUCUGACCCUCCCCAGCGUUUCAUCUCCGACCAGAUCUAAGAGCAAACGCGAGCGAGUCACCCAUGACGCUUGGCUCAGGAGGAUCGAGUGUCGUGGUCCCUCGAAACUUUAGAUUAUUGGAGGAACUUGAGCGAGGAGAAAAGGGUAUUGGUGAUGGCACUGUCAGCUACGGAAUGGAUGAUGGAGAUGACAUUUACAUGCGUUCUUGGACAGGCACCAUUAUUGGACCCCACAAUUCUGUGCAUGAAGGUCGCAUUUAUCAGUUGAAGCUUUUCUGUGACAAAGAUUACCCGGAGAAGCCACCAAGUGUUCGCUUCCAUUCGCGGAUUAAUAUGACUUGCGUUAACCAUGAAACAGGAGUGGUGGAACCAAAAAAGUUUGGACUUCUGGCUAGCUGGCAGAGGGAGUACACCAUGGAGGAUAUACUGACACAGCUGAAAAAAGAGAUGGCAGCUCCACAUAACAGGAAGCUGGUUCAGCCUCCUGAAGGUACCUACUUCUAGUUUCAAGUAAUAUAAAUAUCAUGGAUAAUGUUGCAUAUGCUAUAUGCAAUAUAUAGUUUGUAAUUCUAUGUUGAUCUUGUUGAAGUAUUGGGGAAAAAGAAAAAAGAAAAAAAAAAAAGAGGGGGAAUGCCUCAAAAGGAAAAACAAAAACAAAAACUCCCCUAUUAUCUCUGUGGUUUCUCCAUCUUUAUCUUGCGAUUUUUUUUGUCAAACUCUAUGGAUGGAUGCUCUGUUUGAUUAAUGGGAUUUCUAUUGUAUGCCGAAGUUGGAGAA